AUGAGCGUUCCAGAACAACCAUCUGAAAUUGAUGAUCAUAAAAUAACUCUUACUGAGCUUUAUCAACGCUACAAUACUGAUCCAAAAAUAGGUCUAACAGAUGCGAAAGUAGAAAAAAUUUUUAAUCAUUAUGGUCCUAAUAUUUCAUCACAAUUGAAGACAACAGCUGAAUGGAUGAAACUUUGUCGUCAUUUAUUUGGUGGAUUUUCAUUUUUGUUUUGGAUUUGUGCGUGUCUAUGCUUUAUUGUGUAUGGUCUUACAACUACGACAUAUCAUGACAACGCAUUAGUCAACUACCGAGUACUUGUUCUUCGUAAUGGCGAAAAAAGGGAAAUAGAUACGAAAGAUUUAGUAAUAGGUGAUAUUAUUGAAAUCAAGUCUGAUGAUAUUAUACCCGCUGAUAUUCGCAUUAUCGAAUCGGAUAACUUCAAAGUUAAUAUUUCUUGUUUGAGUGGAGAAUCACAAUCACAAUCACGUUCAACUGAAUUCACCAAUGAAUCUACAUAUGAAGCGGAAAAUUUGGCUUUUUAUAAUACUAUAGCAACGGAAGGCACUGCUACAGGUCUUGUCAUUCGUACGGGGAAUUAUACUGUAAUGGACAGAAUUUCUAAAUUAACGUCGAAUGCACCUACAGAUGACACACCGCUUAUUAAAGAGAUUUCUCAGUCGACUUAUAGGAUCACCUGUGUAGCCAUCAUUCUUGCUCGUUGUUCCGUGCUUUGCAAUCGAGCUGAUUUCAAACAAGAUUCGGAAAAUUUAGCACGAUCAAUCUUAGAACGUGAAUGUAUUGGUGUUUUGUCUGAAAUCGCUGUACUAAAAUACAUUGAACUAUCAAAUGGUAAUGUGAAUAAAGUCCGUCAGACAAAUCCAAAAGUGUGUGAAAUUCAAUUUAAUUCAGCAAAUAAAUAUCAAUUAUCGAUCCAUGAAAUGCAUAUUAAUAAUGAAAGUGUAGACAAUUCUUACUCUUAUUUGUUAGUAAUGAGAGGAGCUUUUGAACAAAUUAUUGAACGAUGUUCAACAAUUUCUAUCGAUGGUGCAGACUUGGAAAUGAACGAGUACUGGCGAGCUGUAUGCGAACGUACGUUUUCAGAGUUGGGUAAUUUAGCAGUACGAACAAUGACCUUUUGUGACUUACGUUUACCAGCUAAGGAAUAUCCAAUCGAAUAUUCAUUCAAUGUGGAUGAAGUCAAUUUUCCUACAAAAAAUCUUCGUUUUCUUGGCCUUGUAGGGAUGACUGAAUCGCUGAAGAGAGAUAUUCCUGACAUGAUAAAGAAAUGUCGUUUGGCUGGAAUCAAAAUGAUUAUGAUAACGGAUGAUAAUGCAGUUGUUGCGAAGGCUACUGCACGCGCUGCGAACAUCAUUUCGAACGAUUCCGAAACAAUAGAAGAUAUAGCAGAACGCUUGGGCAUUCCUGUAGAAUCAGUCAAUUCGAGUGACGCUAAAGCUUGUGUUAUUCAGGGUAAAGAUCCCCAUGACAAAUCACUAGAAGACGUUGAUGAAUUGCUAGACAAUUAUACAGAAAUUGUUUUUGCUCGAAUAUCUCCUCAACAAAAAUUCAGUAUUGUUAAAGCAUGUCAACAACAAGGUGGUAUUGUGACUAUGGUAAGCAAGGCUACCAACGACAUACGAGCUUUGUAUCAAGCUAGUGUCAAAGUAGUUAUGGGUAUGGCCGGUACAAAUGCAUGUAAACAAGCAGGAGAUAUACUUCUGGCAGAUGACGAGUUUGCUUCAAUUCUGACGGGUGUAGAACAAAGUCGUCAACUGUUUGCUAACUUGAAAAAAUCAAUUGUCUACACUAUGACAUCAAACAUUGCCAAAAUCAUGUCACUUCUGAUUUGUUUAUUAACGACUGUACCGUUAGCAUGGGGAAUCAUUGCUGUUUUGUGUAUCGAUUUCAUUAAUAUAACAGGAGCCAUUUCAUUAGCCUACGAGAAAGCGGAAACAGAGAUUAUGAAGAGACCACCAAGAAAUCCAAAGAAAACUCGAUUUAUAAACGAACGGUAG